AUGUCUGAGCGCAAAUCACUUGUCCAUGGGCCAUGCGAUCCCCCUCUGAAAGCCCUUUCGAUUAGCCAGCUUCUCGACGAGCAAGACAACAAGUACGGGUCCAGAGAGGCGAUCGUCGCGUUCAAAACUGGGGCCAGAUUGACGUAUCACGAUCUCAAUCUCAAAACAAAGCAAAUCGCACGAGCCCUUGUCGUCGACGGUGUCCGAUCCGGCGACCGGGUUGCUAUCUUCCUCGGAAACUGUGAAGCCUACGCGGAGAUCUUUCUCGCCAUUGCCCGGAUAGGGGCAAUUGCAGUCCUGCUAAAUAGGACCUAUACCCCCGACGAGACGCAAAAUGUGCUGCGGAGCACCGGAUGCUCGAUUCUGUUCAUCUCGGGUUGUCUCGGCAAUAGUGGCUCCAAUGCAUUUUUGGCUUACCUCGACGGAUUGGACCAGGAGCCAAUAGCCGCUGGUCUACCGUCGUUAAGGCGUAUUGUGUUAGUCGGUGAUGAUCACCAGCUCAACAGUCGUUUGACUCCAUGGAGAUCCUUCCUUGCCGGCGCAGAUGCGGCGAGCCUGUCUCAGCUGAGCCGCCUCGAGAACUCGGUGCCCAGUUCCACGGCGUGCAGCUUCUUUCUGACGAGCGGUACCACCGGCGUUCCGAAGAUCGCCAUGCUGACACACGCAAACAUUAUUAACAACGCCUUUCUCACUGGGCAUCGUAUACCGAUGAGCGAAGAAGAUAUUAUCUGCAAUUGUCUCCCACUGUUCCAUUGCGGUGGGCUUGUCCUAGGGCUGAUUAUUUGCAUUGUCCACGGAGCGUGCGUGGUCUUCCCAGCACUGAGCUUCAGUGCCUCGAGCACAGUCGAGUCUCUUGCGGCGGAGAAGUGCACCGGAAUGCAUGGGGUACCUACAAUGUUCGCUGCCGUUCUCCGCAAGAGACAGAUGGAGCCCAGUCGAGGCCCUCUCCGGCUCAGAACAGGCAUCAUUGGGGCUGCGGCUUUCCCCGAGACACUGUGGCUUCAGAUUAAGGGGGAGUUCGAUAUCGAGAAUCUAUCGCACACCUAUGGGAUGACAGAAACAUCAUGCGCUAGCUUCACGUCCGAUCCAAUGGUCAAUUAUGCGAAGCGGAUGCCACACGCUUUGACAAUUCUGCCUCAUACGAAGGCCAAGGUAAUUGACUGCGGGGGUAACAUCGUCAACGCCGGACAGCGCGGCGAGCUUUGUAUCGCUGGCUACCUAGUGCAGACGGGGUACUUUCAGAACGAAGAGAAAACGCGCGAGGCCUUGAUCCGGGACGAUGACGGCACCCUAUGGAUGCGCACCGGGGAUGAAGCAUUUUUUGACGAGGAUGGACAUUGCAUUGUGACCGGUCGAAUCAAGGAUAUCAUCAUCAGAGGUGGAGAGAAUAUCUACCCCACCGAGAUCGAAGAUCGCUUGAGCCAACAUCCCUCCGUGCUGGAAGCGUGUGUUGUCGGACUGCCGGACGAUCACCUUGGCCAGGUGGUCUCGGCGUUCAUCCAGCAAAGACCAGCGACAGAGCGACCGUCUAACAUCGACCUGGCGGCGUGGGUUUGUCAGACUCUCAGCUGCCAUAAGGCUCCUGUCUGGCUCUUCUGGCUUGGAGAUGAGGGUGUGCCCAGCGAGUUCCCUCUUUCUGGCAGUGGCAAGAUCUGCAAGAAUGUGCUUGAGGAAAUUGGACAGCGGAAUAUGCAUAGUGAGAAGGGGUGCCAUACAUGA